AUGACUUCUCACGCUGUGAAGUCGCACCCCGACUACCAACACUUCGCAUCCAUCCCGUGGUGCGCUCGAAUCCUUGACGCAUUCGACACCCCCUCGCACGUCGUUCAAAUAUCUGCAAACAAAACGAUUCUGCCAACAAAGGAAAACUCAUACGUCGGAGGCACGCUCAACACCCCGAAUACUAUCGCCGCAUGGCUUGUGCUCUACCCACGACCACAGCCACCUGAUUGGAGGGUCGAGGAAUUGUGUUCGCUCAUCACUUUCAGAGAUGGCAUGAUCGGUUUCCCUGAGACGGCACACGGAGGGGUCGUCGCCUUGGUCUUGGACGAAGUUACGGGCAUGACAAUUGUGGCACAGAGGCCUGAGGGAGCAGAGCCCAAUAAAGACUUCCGAACGGCGUAUCUGAAUACGACGUUCCUUAAGCCAGUACCGGCUCCGGGUACUAUUCUUGUGAGGUCUAGGAUCUCCAAGAUCGAGGGUCGUAAGAACUUCGUCUCUGCGCAAAUAGAGGACGAGAAAGGGGAGGUUUUGGCGAAGGCUGAAGUCUUGUACAUCUCAAUACACAACAAACUAUAA